UGGCUCUCAGAGUGUGUUAUAUUAGAUAGGUCCUUAGGUUUGCAGUGCAGGCUUUGUCUCCCAACAAAGCCUGCCAUGAAGGGAUUUAGGUGAGCCGGUGAGCCGGGACGGGCCCGGCUCCGGACGCGCCCAAAACGAUGUUUGAAGCCUAUCCGCAGCAAAGGAUCAGCUCGAGCAAGAUCAUUGCUCCACUCAGUCUGGUGGCUGUGCUCUGCCUGGUCCUGUAUGCGGCAUUUGAGUCCUCUUCGCACGAUGAGAGGCUGGAAUCCUUGGAAGAUCCGGGCAUGAGGCGGAUGAGGCCUUUCCUCUCUUCCCGCAGCUUUGAGAUUGGUCUUUGGACACGGUCGAAAGGGCACGAGGGACAUCCGUCCAGCUCCGACGCGGCCUCGGCGGAAUCGGCUGAGGAAGUGGCGCAACUGCGGCAAGAGCUUGAGAAGGCUCGUGUGAGGACGGAGCAGCAAGCCGCCGAGCUGUCGCGCCUGCGACCACGCUCGCCGGCUCGCGGCUCGAGUGCAGGUGAGCGCCCUGUGGAGGACUCCGAGCCAGAUGCUUCGAAGGACGCGCCGAAGGAGGCUCCAGAGAUCCCGCCCAGUCUGUGGCGAGAGCCUCCUGAGGUCUCGCCGGCGCCGACUCCGAGUCCUCGCGGCGAAGCGCCGGUGCCGGACGUGAAAGAGGAGAUCAAGGACAGUACGAUCACUGUCAAGACUGGAGACAAGCAGAUCAUCUUGCAGAUCGGCAAGGAGCCAGAGACGAGCUCCACCAGCCAAGGAUGGCAAGGGAAGGGUGUGGAAACCACGACUCAGGCGUCCGUCGUGCUCGCCAACGCCACGGAGUCCAAAGGUGAGAGUGAUGGCACCCUCAUCACCGUCCGCUCUGGGCAGCAGUCCAUCGUGAUUCAGGUCCGCGAUGAGCAGGCGACCGCUUCGCCCAGCUCCACUUCUUCGCUCGAGUUGACCAACACCACGGCGCUCGCUGCGGUGAAGGCUUUGCCAGAGCUGCCUGAGCUUCCUCCCUUGGCUGAGGAGGUGGUUCCGAACCGCGAGUCGGAGACCUUUGCAGGUCUGGCGGCAGAGGUGGACGUUUCCACUACGACCGAGCCAGAAGAGGAGGAGUCGACCACGACCAAAGGAAAUCCGGCCUAUGCCAAUCUGGCCCUGCGGACCCGCUAGGGUCGUUGAGGCUGCUUUCCACCGCUGCUUUCCACUGUGAGGGUGUCUGACGUGGACGGUGUCGUCCGCGGGAUCCUCGCCCGGCCUCCUUUGUGAGGCCCUUGUACAAAGCAAGAUGUCUCACAGUGUUAGUUAGAGAAACAGGAGGUGGAUCAAAAGCUGAGGUUUAGGUUCUUCUUGUCGCC